GUCAAACGAACAAAUUUCUGGUUGGGAACGAUAAAAUUCAUUGUUUUUCUAUUGUUUUGUUUUUAGAAAACUUUAUUAACGAAUACGGAAAAAUGAUUAACGCCGUGUCGCGUGCUUAUUUGCGUGCCAGCUCUCAUGCUGUUCCCAAUGGUUUGAAACCUGCCGCCCUCACUGCGGUCCAGGGUAAGAGAACUGUGGUGCCAGAGAAUUCGGAAAAGAAGGCUCCUUGUGGCAAUACCAGAGCUUCGACAGUCCUCACAAGUGUCCAACAAGUUCGUUUGGCCCACACUGACUUGCAAGCUCCCGACUUCUCGCCCUACCGUCGUGAUUCCGUCAAGGAUGUUAACCGCAAAAACACCACCGCCGAAGAACGCAAGGCCUUCUCUUACAUGUUGGUAGGUGCUGGUGCUGUCGGCAGUGCUUAUGCCGCCAAGGGUUUGGUCACCGCUUUCGUUAGCUCCAUGAGCGCAUCUGCUGAUGUCCUGGCCAUGGCUAAGAUUGAAAUCAAAUUGGCCGAUAUUCCAGAAGGCAAGUCCGUUACCUUCAAAUGGCGUGGCAAGCCAUUGUUCAUUCGUCACCGUACCGCCAGUGAAAUCGCCACUGAACGCAGUGUCUCCACAGCCACUUUGCGUGAUCCCCAAUCCGAUGAUCAACGUGUACAAAAACCAGAAUGGUUGGUUGUCAUUGGUGUCUGCACACAUUUGGGUUGUGUACCCAUUGCCAAUUCCGGUGACUUCGGUGGCUACUAUUGCCCAUGCCACGGUUCUCACUACGAUGCCUCUGGCCGCAUCCGUAAGGGACCUGCUCCAUUGAACUUGGAAGUACCCGCUCAUGUAUUCCCCGAUGAAGGUACCUUGGUCGUUGGUUAAGUGAAUAAACUAAAUACUGUAUUCUUCAGCCUGUAAGCUUAGACCCGAAAUAUAACAAAUAA